CUGUAGAACGCGCAUGCGUGAUACCAUCUCCCACGGUAUGUGAAGAUGGCAGCCUCCUGAUUCAGUAAGGGAAUGAGAAAACGAGGUCUGAAACAGGAACUUAUCUUCCAGCAAAUGUCAGAGGAAGUCUGAUUAACCAGCUCUAUAGUAACCGUCAGAGGAACCGGGAGAAAUUGGUGCAUGCUGGUAAAUUAAAAGCAGACAGAUGUUUUAGUGCUGGAUGGUGCUGGUUUGCGUGGAGAGUGACCCUGUUUCCUGUACUGAUAGUCCCUGUAUGUAGCCUGACAAAUGCUGCCAUCUCAAGAGCCAGCAUCCAGAGAUUCCGGACAGAGUUUGCUGAGGGUAAAAUUACAGGAAGGAGGUAUAACUGUUACAAACAUCAUUGGAGUGACACCAGAAAGCCAGUAAUAUUGGAGGUGACCCCUGGAGGCAUUGACCAGAUAGAUCCAACAACAAAUCGAAUUCUCUGCUCUUAUGACUACAGAAAUAUUGAAGGAUUUGUAGAAGUCUCCGAUUACCAGGGAGGUUUCUGUAUAUUGCAUGGAGGAUUUAGUAGACUGCAUAUGUUUGCUAUUGAGCAAAGGGAUGAUGUCAUCAAAAGUGCAAUAGAGCAUGCAGGCAACUUUAUAGGCAUUACACUUCGGAUCCGGAAGGAACCCAUAACGUUUGAGCAGUACAUUAAUCACCGACUAGGAAAGUACAGCAAUGAUGAAUCAAUCACCUCACUAGCAGAAUUCACAGUGCAGAAAAUAGCACCUAGGCACUCGGAACCAGUGAAAAGAAUAUUAGCGCUUACAGAAACCUGCUUAAUAGAGCGUGAUCCUGCUACUUAUAAUAUUGUAACUUUAAAACCCUUGGGAGAGAUAUUUGCAUUGGUAUAUGAUCCUGAGAACCCACAACUUUUCACAGUUGAGUUUAUUAAGGGACAAGUGCGAAAAUACUCCUCAACAGAAAGAGAUUCUCUUCUCGCUAGUCUCUUAGAUGGUGUAAGAGCUUCUGGUAACAGAGAUGUGUGUGUGAAGAUGGUUCCAACACAGAAGUGGCAGAGAUGGGGUUUACUUAGUAUGCCAGUAGAUGAGGAGGUUGAAAGUCUGCACCUCAGAUUCCUAAUAGCACCUUCAAAUGGAAACUUUGCAGAUGCAGUUUUCAGAUUUAAUGCCAAUAUCGCAUACAGUGGGGUCCUACACGCAGUUACACAAGACGGUUUAUUCUCUGAAAAUAAAGAGAAGUUAAUAAAUAAUGCCAUUACAGCACUGAUAUCACAGGAGGGUGACCAGACCAUUGCAGUUGCAGAACUAGAAAGCCAAUUUCAAGCUGUGCGUCGACUGGUUGCUUCCAAAGCUGGGUUUUUAGCCUUCACACAACUUCCCAAAUUUCGAGAGAGGCUUGGAGUGAAGGUUGUAAAAGCCCUUAAGCGGAAUAAUGAUGGUGUUACCCAUGCUGCAAUUGACAUGCUGUGUGCACUCAUGUGUCCAAUGCAUGAUGACUAUGACCUAAGACAAGAGCAGCUGAACAAAGCUUCCCUUCUGUCUUCAAAGAAAUUUCUAGAAAAUUUGCUGGACAAAUUCAAUGUGCAUGUGGGUUAUGGGACAGGUGCCCUUGUCAUUAGUUCGCUUCUGGAUUUUCUUACUUUUUCCCUCUGUGCACCUUACAGUGAAACGACAGAAGGACAGCAGUUUGAUAUGUUGUUGGAAAUGGUAGCUUUAAAUGGGAGAACUUUGUUUAAACUUUUUCAGCACCCAUCCAUGGCUAUUGUAAAAGGAGCUGGACUGGUUAUGAAGGCUCUCAUAGAGGAAGGAGAUAAGGAGAUUUCAACAAAAAUGCAAGAACUUGCCCUCAGUGAAGGUGCCUUACCUCGCCAUUUGCACACUGCCUUGUUUACCAUGAGCUUGGAUCAAAGAAUGCUUGCUAACAGGCAACUGAGCAGACACUUGGUUGGCCUGUGGACAGCUGAAAACCUUACAGCUAUGAAUUUGCUAAAGCGUGUUUUGCCAGUUGGUUUACUGACAUAUCUGGAAAGCACAGACCCAGUACCCGAGAAGGAUAUUGAUCGCAUGCAUAUCAGGGAUAAUGUGAAAAUUGCUACUGAUCAGUAUAAGUUUAACAAAGUACCAGAAUGGCAAAGGCUUGCUGGGAAAGCUGCCAAGGAAGUAGAGAAGUUUGCCAAAGAAAAAGUGGAUAUAGUUUUAAUGCACUGGAGAGAUCGAAUGGGGAUUGCACAAAAAGAGGACAGGAAUAAUGUGAACCUUAGCCAAAAACCAGUUGUACUAAGAAAGAGAAGACAAAGAAUUAAAAUAGAGUCAAACUGGGAUCUCUUCUACUAUAGAUUUCAGCAGGAUCAUGCCAAGUCUAACCUAAUAUGGAAUUUUAAAACAAGGGAAGAGUUAAGAGAUACCUUGGAGUCAGAAAUGAGGGCAUUUAACAUUGACAGAGAGCUUGGAAGUGCUACUGUCAUCUCUUGGAAUCAUCAAGAAUUUGAAGUUAGGUACGAGUGUCUUGCGGAUGAGAUCAAAAUAGGAGACUAUUACCUUCGGUUGUUGUUGGAGGAAGAUGAAAAUGAAGAGACAGGAGCAAUCAAAAGAUCGUAUGAAUUUUUCAAUGAGCUUUAUCAUCGAUUCUUGCUUACACCUAAAGUGAAUAUGAAGUGUUUAUGUUUACAAGCCCUUGCUAUAGUAUAUGGCAAGUGUUACAAGGAGAUAGGCUCUUUCACUGACACCAAGUACAUUGUUGGAAUGUUAGAACGGUGCACAGACAGACUGGAACGUGACAGGCUAAUUUUGUUCUUAAACAGACUGAUUCUUAACAAGAAUAAUGUUAAAGACCUUCUGGAUUCCAGUGGUGUUCGUAUUCUUGUGGAUCUCCUUACAUUAGCACAUCUUCAUAUAAGCAGAGCAACAGUGCCUUUUCAGAGCAAUGUUAUUGAAGCAGCUCCCAACAUGAAGAGGGAAAGUGAAAAAGAGUGGUACUUCGGCAAUGCUGAUAAAGAACGACUUGGGCCUUACAGUUUUGAAGAGAUGAAGGAAUAUUGGACCUCUGGAGUACUCACCCCAAAGACUCGUUGCUGGGCUCAAGGAAUGGAUGGCUGGCGGCCAUUGCAAAGCAUCCCUCAGUUGAAAUGGUGUCUUCUGGCCAGUGGACAAGCUGUAAUGAAUGAAACAGAUCUUGCUAUACUUAUUCUUAAUAUGUUUAUUACAAUGUGUGAAUAUUUCCCCAGCAGGGAUCAAGAUAAUGCUGUCAUCCGACCCCUUCCCCGAGUGAAGAGGCUACUUUCAGAGGGAACCUGCCUGCCUCACAUUGUUCAGCUUUUACUUACAUUUGACCCCAUCCUUGUGGAAAAAGCUGCCAUAUUGCUUCAUCACAUCAUGCAAGACAACCCUCAGUUAACUCGUUUCUAUCUUACUGGAGUAUUCUUCUUCAUCAUGAUGUACACUGGUUCCAACGUCUUGCCAGUUGCAAGGUUUCUGAAGUACACUCAUAUGAAGCAGGCUUUCAGAUCGGAAGAGGUCAAAGGGCAAGAUUUAGUGCAGAGAAGUAUUCUUGGUCACAUUCUUCCAGAAGCAAUGGUGUGUUAUUUAGAAAAUUAUGAAUCUGAAAAAUUCUCUGAGAUCUAUUUAGGAGAAUUUGACACCCCAGAGGCAAUUUGGAGCAACGAAAUGAGGCGUUUAAUGAUUGAGAAGAUUGCAGCCCACCUUGCCGAUUUUUCUCCUCGCCUUCAGAGUAAUACAAGGGCACUCUACCAGUAUUGUCCUAUCCCAGUCAUCAAUUAUCCACAGCUGGAAAAUGAGCUGUUUUGUAAUAUCUACUACCUCAGACACCUUUGUGAUACAGUUCGAUUUCCUGAUUGGCUAAUUAAAGAUCCAGUGAAGCUGCUUAAAGACACACUUGAAGCUUGGAAAAGAGAAGUGGAGAAGAAGCCCCCAACAAUGUCAAUUGAUGAUGCCUAUGAGGUCCUUAAGCUUCCCAAAGGACAAGGCCCGCAUGAUGAGAGCAAAAUCAGGAAAGCAUACUUCAGACUGGCACAGAAGUAUCACCCUGACAAGAAUCCUGAGGGCAGGGAUGUAUUUGAAAAGGUGAAUAAGGCCUAUGAAUUCCUUUGCACUAAAUCAUCAAAAAUUGUGGAUGGUCCAGACCCUGAAAAUAUCAUCUUAAUUUUGAAAACACAGAGUAUUCUUUUUAACAGACAUAGAGAAGAGCUCCAGCCUUACAAAUAUGCCGGUUACCCCAUGCUUAUCAAGACCAUCACCAUGGAAACCUCCGAUGACCAGCUGUUUUCAAAAGCUUCUCCUCUUCUACCAGCAGCUACUGAAUUGGCGUUCCAUACAGUCAACUGCUCAGCACUUAAUGCAGAGGAGCUGAGACGAGAAAAUGGAAUAGAGGUUCUGCAAGAGGCUUUGGCUCGAUGUGUAUCAGUUCUGACUGCCUCAAGUAAAGCAGAAGACAUGUCAGUUCAGGUAUGCGGGCAUAUUGGCAAGUGUUACAGCGUUGCUGCUCAGUUUGAAGAAUGCAGAGAGAAAAUAACCGAAUUGCCAAAUAUCAUCCGAGACUUGUGUCAUGUCCUGUAUUUUGGGAAGACUUUGCCACGACUAGCAUCAUUAUCUGUGGAAUGUGUCAGUUCAUUUGCUGUGGAUUACUGGUUACAAACACACUUGUUCCAGGCUGGAGUUCUUUGGCACCUCAUUGGUUACUUGUUUAACUAUGACUAUACACUGGAAGAGAGUGGCAUUCAGAAAAGUGAGGAGACCAAUCAGCAGGAAGUGGCCAACAGCCUUGCUAAGCUUAGUCUUCUGGCGCUGAGUCGACUUGGAGGGUAUUUGACAGAAGAUGCAGCUACACCAGAAAAUCCAGCUAUUAGGAAAAGUUUGGCAGCCAUGCUCACUCCUUACGUUUCAAGAAAGCUUGCAGUAGUUUCCCCUUCUGAGAUUCUCAAAAUGCUCAAUAGCAAUACUGAAAAUCCAUAUUUGAUCUGGAACAAUGGAACAAGAGCUGAACUGCUGGAGUUUCUCGGAUCUGAGCAGGAAGCCAUGAUAAAAAGGGGUGAAUGUGACAAAAGCUAUGGAGCAGAGUUUGUUUUUGGAGAACAUGCUAAGGAACUUAUAGUAGGAGAGAUUUUUGUCCGUGUCUACAAUGAGCAGCCAGCAUUUCCACUGGAGUUUCCAAAGGCCUUUACAGCUAGUCUCCUGGAUUACAUAGGAUCCCAAGCACAGUACCUGCAUACGUUAAUGGCUAUUACACAGACUGGAAAGGUUGAGUCAAACCAGCAUGAAGACAGAUUACGAAGGGCAGAAAUGGCUUUGGAAGCUCUAAGAAAUGUCAUCAAAAACAACCCAGGGUCUGAGACAGAAUGCAUUGGCCAUUUUAAACUUCUGUUCUCCCUUUUACGAGUCCAUGGAGCUGGAAAAGUACAACAACUAGCUCUGGAGGUAGUGAACAUUGUGACCAGCAACCAGGAGUGCGUGAACAAUAUCUCUGAGUCUAAAGUUCUGGCAAAUCUCUUGGUACUUCUACAUUCUCUUCCAUCAAGUCGGCAGCUUGUUCUGGAGACUCUCUAUGCUUUGACAUCCAAUACAAAGAUCAUCAAAGAAGCCAUGGCAAAAGGGGCCCUUAUAUAUUUGCUGGAUAUGUUCUGCAAUUCUACACAUCCUCAGGUCCGUUCCCAAACAGCAGAGCUUUUUGCCAAAAUGAUCUCUGAUAAACUUAUUGGUCCAAAGGUUAGAAUCGCACUGAUGAAGUUUCUUCCUAGUGUUUUUAUGGAUGCCAUGAGAGACAACUCUGAAGCUGCUGUACAUAUUUUUGAAGGAACACAUGAAAAUCCAGAACUUAUCUGGAAUGACAACUCAAGAGAGAAGGUGUCUACCACAGUGCGCGAAAUGAUGCUAGAGCAUUUUAGACAACAAAGGGACAAUCCUGAUGUAGACUGGAAGCUGCCAGAGAACUUCUCUGUUGCAUACAAUGAGGUCGAAGGUGAGCUAUGUGUAGGCGGUGUCUUCUUGAGGAUCUUCAUCUCCCAGCCAGCAUGGGUGCUUCGAAAGCCUCGGGAAUUCCUGGUUACCCUACUGGAAAAAUUGACUGAAUUACUGGAGAAAAAUAAUCCACAUGGUGAAACAUUAGAAACUGUAACAACAAGUGUGGUGUCUCUGUUCACUACCCAACCUCAGUUAUUAGACCAAGUGCCACCUCUAGGCCAUCUUCCAAAAAUCGUCCAAGCAUUGAAUCACCGAAAUAAUGCGGUUACAAAAAGUGCCAUCCGAUGCAUUCAUGUAAUGUCUGAUAGUGAGCUGUGUGUUCGAGCAGUAGCAUCACUGGAUUCCAUUGGCCCCUUGAAAAGUGGAAUGAAACAGAGACCAGAUAUGGUUGGCCUUGGCUGCGAAACACUGAAUAAAAUGUUCCAAAAAGAACAAACUGAUCUAGUGGCUCAGGCAUUAAAAACAGAUCUCAUUCCAUAUCUUCUAAAACUUUUGGAAGGAGUUGGCCUUGAAACUAUAGAAAACCCAGCUGCAACAAAGGCUCAAAUUGUAAAAACACUUAAGUCAAUGACACGUAGUCUGCAGCAUGGAGAACAGGUGAAUGAAGUUCUUUCACGAUCUUCUAUCUGGAGUGCCUUCAAAGACCAGAAACAUGACUUGUUCAUUUCUGAGUCCCAAACAGCAGGAUACCUCACAGGACCUGGGGUUGCUGGCUAUCUUACAGCAGGGACUUCAUCAUCUGUUAUUUCCAGUGUGCCACCUCCUGUUGACCCCGAUGCACCUGACCUGAGCUGAGAAGAAUCCUAUUAACCUUAUUUAGUUGAGGUGAUGUAAUGUCAUGAGGACAUCUGCUAGACACUCCAGAGCCAGCAGCAUUUCCACAUAUAAUUAGCCUUCACUUUUAUGUCGCCUAGUAACAAAGUAUUCCUCCUUUUUCUACAAAUGUAUUUUUUAUUUUUUUGUUUAGGGAAAGGGGGGAAUCUCCCAAAUGUUCUUCACUGUGAUAUGUAAGAACAUAUUCCAUGGAUCAGCCUAAAGGAAGUGCACAAGUAUUAUUUUCUUGCUGUACUUGACAAUUUUUUUGUUCCUUUAUAUAAUUUUUCAGAACUGUGAAUCAAAUAUAAUUAGUUUUUGUUCCUAAUUUUUUUAUAACAUUUUACAGUGCUGUACAAAUUAACGUGGCUGCAGUGUUCAGCCUCAGCGGAAAUCCUUUGAGAUAUGUACUUCCAUUUGGAGGACAGUUAAUUAUUAAUAAUGUUUAUUGGUUUGUAAUUCAGAUCACACAGAGAUGUAAAUCUGUUGUUCCUGGCUUUUGUUUACAAAGGUAUAACUUGUUUCAAUUUGCAGUCCUCUAAAUUGCUCUCUAUUGUAAUGUUUCCGAUGGCAAACAAACACGUAUAACUGCCUUUACCAAGCUGAAAAGAACUUAUAUGGGGGGAUAUUUGAUGUUAUCUUAUUAUAUAUGAAUAUAGUGUCAUUGCAAAAUGUUAUAUACAGUAUCCAAUAUAUAAACUUUCUAUAUUGAAUGUACAUUAUAAAGAACUUUCAGACUUGUACAUAAAAUUUUAAGAACAAAGUGA